AUGAGUGAGUCGCCUAGUAAGAACUCCGAACAAUCCUCUUCUACCUCAAAACAUGGACUCGUGGACUCGGUAGUUGAUCAAACAACAAAGCGUGUGAAAAUUGAAUCAUCAGUGCAACCAGAGCCAAAUAGUUCUCUUUCACCAGUUCCUGAAGCUCUCACCUCAUCGUCAAGGUCAGAAGUUCUGGCGCAAAUGGGCCAGCUCAAUCGUUCUGAAAGUCGAAGUUCUCUAGAUAGUACAAGGGAUGAAGCUGCGGAAUCAAGUAACAAACAUGUGGCUGUUGAAUCGAGCAAUAAUACCCAACGAAUUCCAAAGACAGAAAUGAUCAAGCAGUCGGGAAAGAAGGUCGAGGAUAUUAUUGAUGGUUCUGAUUUGCGUAAGUUUAUAAACAGAUCGCUAACGCCGUAUUUGGUGGAGGGAUUGGACAAUAUUGUCCAACUAUGGGAAUCCGGUGAACUCGAAGUUACGAGCUCUGAAGACGCUAAGAAAGUAGUUUUGAAGUUUGCAGAAAUUCUACAGAAUUUGGCUGAGAAGUAG